AUGGCGUCCGCUGACCAACUCCAUCUAUCUAACCCAUCCCAGUGGAACGCACGUCUGAAGGAACUCCCAGCGAGGGAAACCGAAGAAGGGGUGAUCCCAGCUUUCUUUUUUGCACAUGGCCAUCCAGGCGUAGUCUUCAAAAGCGAAUCAACCGCAAGUCGAGGUUUACAAAGCGUCGGAGGUUCGCUGCACAACUUCCUUAAAGAUUUUGGGCCGGCAUUGAUCGACAAAUACCGACCGAAAGGGAUCGUCGUCUUUUCGGCACACUGGGAGUCUCCUUCGAAGGAGAUCAAAGUUACCGAUUACGGAAACGACCAGCCACUUUUGUAUGAUUAUUACGGCUUCCCACCGGAGUUCUACCAAGCUCGAUGGCAUUCAAACGGCUCGUCUGAACUGACCCAGCGGGUCCUCGCUUGUCUGAAGGAGGCCGGCAUGCAAGCAUCUCGGACGACGAGGGAUGAGCCGCGGGGGCGAGACGGUCUGGUGGGCCCGGCCCCAGGCUUGGACCACGGUGUAUUCAUCCCCUUCAUGCUCAUGUUCCCCGAAGGAAAGGAGGGAAUUUUCCCAAUACCUGUCGUCCAAGUCUCCAUGGACGGCUCUCUGGACCCGGCAAGAAAUAUCCAAUUAGGCCAGGCGGUCGCUGCUCUGCGCCAUCAAGGUAUUUUGAUCCUUUCGGGUGGCUUGACCAUCCAUACUUUUGAAGAUUUCCACGAAUGGCAGUUUGACUCUGCUUCGGAAGCAGUGAAGCAAUUCGAGCGUGAAAUCGUUAACGCUUCCUUGGAAGAAGCGACCCCUGAAAGGUUCCAAAGAAUGAUCGCACUGAAAAAGCUGAAAGGAUUUCGAAAAGCGCAUCCCCGAGAGGAUCAUUUUAUCCCAAUCUACAUUGCCGCUGGAGCUGGAAGUGACCAAGGGUCGACUACGAUCAUAAGUGAUAUUCACGGGUGCCAGACUAUUGCAUUUGGUGUUGCCUGA